CAUUCUUUCAUUAGACAACAGUCAAUCUACCUUCAUCUUACCCCCUUUCUAAUCCUUAUAAGCCUUGUGAUUGUUGCAGAAAUAUCUGAUUCCAAGUUUCUUCACAAAAAUCAUUAGCGAAAAAAAUAACAAAAACCAACCUGACGAAUGGAGUCUGCUCUUUCCGAGCUCGAAGGGACCCUUGUAAAGGAUCCUGAUCCAUUUUCCUACUUCAUGUUAGUAGCUUUCGAGGCAUCAAGCAUAAUUCGAUUUGCUUUCUUGCUAAUUUUAUGGCCAGUUAUCCGUUUGCUGGAGAUUUGGGGACAAAGAGAUGCGGGCCUAAAGUUGAUGAUUUUUGUUGCCACGGCUGGGGUGCCUAUAUCCGAGAUCGAAGCCGUGGCAAGGGCAGUGUUGCCCAAGUUUUAUUUUGAUGACAUUGAUAUGGAUGCUUGGAAGGUCUUCAGCUCCUAUGACAAGAGAAUUGUGGUGACUAAAACCCCAAGGAUUAUGGUGGAGAGGUUUGUGAAAGAGCAUUUGCGAGCUGAUGAUGUUAUUGGGAGUGAACUUUCGGUCAAUCGGUUUGGAUGGGCUACUGGUUUCAUCAAAGACGGUUUUGAUUCAAUCUCCGACCGCGUUUCUGAAUUAUUCGAAGAUGAACAACAACCUAGUUUGGGCCUAGGAAGGACAGAAUAUUCUGGCUCUGAAUUCUUACACUCGUGCAAGGAACAAUCUCAUCCGCGAAUCACCAGCAACGAGAAACAUGACCGCCAGUUCAUCCGCCCACUGCCAGUGAUCUUCCACGAUGGCCGGCUAGUGAAGCGGCCAACACCAUCAACUGCCCUCCUAAUUCUCUUAUGGAUUCCUCUGGGAAUCAUUCUCGCUGCAAUUCGCAUUGUCGUUGGCCUCAUGCUUCCCAUGAAAUCGAUUCAACGUAUGGCUCCUGUAUUCGGUGGCAAAGUGAUGGUGAAAGGAAAACCACCUCCGCCGCCAUCUGGCUCCACCUCUGGAGUGCUAUUUGUCUGCACGCACCGAACCUUAAUGGACCCCGUCGUCCUCUCCGCCGUCCUCCAUCGUAGAAUUCCAGCAGUAACAUACUCCAUUUCUCGCUUUACCGAGAUCUUAUCCCCUAUUCCAACUGUGCGCUUGACGAGAACCCGAGACAUAGAUGCUGAAAAGAUUAAACAACAACUGGAAAAGGGAGAUUUGGUCGUCUGCCCUGAAGGAACAACGUGUAGAGAACCCUUUCUAUUGAGGUUCAGCAAGCUUUUCGCAGAACUAACCGACCGAAUAGUUCCAGUGGCCAUGAACUAUAGGGUUGGGUUUUUCCAUGCAACCACUGCUAGGGGUUGGAAAGCUUUGGACCCCAUAUUUUUCUUCAUGAAUCCCAGACCAAUUUAUGAGGUAACAUUUUUAAAUCAGCUCCCUGUGGAAGCAACUUGCUCUUCAGGUAAGAGCCCACAUGAUGUUGCUAAUUAUGUUCAGAGGAUCUUGGCUGCCACACUUGGUUUCGAGUGUACGAAUUUCACCCGCAGGGAUAAAUACAGGGUUCUUGCUGGCAACGAUGGGAUAGUUUCACAAACAUCCACUGCCGAAAGCCUCAAGAAAUUGAUGAGCGGAUUCAAGCAGUAUCUAUUCGUCAAAGAUCAUGGACGCAAGAGAAGCGAAAAAUACAAAAGCAUUGGCUGCCUGAUUGUGCUUCGAAGCCCUUUAAUACCUGUCUUCAGAUUCAAAAGUGUCAAUGAACGAACAUGAGAUCGCAACCUCUCAAGCACUUCCUUUCAGGAAGCUCACAUCUACUUCCAGAUCGAAGGCAUCAGAGGUGCCAGAGCUCCUGUUAGGCUUCUUUCACUUCAGGAGAUAUCCGUACGUCUUGAUGAGAGUCCCUUGCAAUAAUGAAAACUGCAUGCAUGCAUGCAGGCCCCCUAGGAUUUUAGGAGUUCUUCUACAAUCAAAUCUUGAU